UCUUGCUUGCUUUCCCCACGUUCGUUGUUCACCCCCCGCCUCUCUUCUCUCUCGCUCUUCCUUUCCAGGCGGCGACGACUGGGCGAGCGGCGGUGCCAUUCGCCCCGCCUCGGCCGGGCCCUUUGCCGGCGUCGACCACCCACCAGGCAUGGCAAUGAUGCUGCUGGCGGCGGGGCGCAGCUUGCGCUCCAUCCUCCACCCGCGGCUUGCCGGGGCGGCGGCGGCGUUCUCCUCGGCCCCGUCCGCGGCAUCGGCGGCAGCGGCGGAGGCGGAGCGGACGAUACGGGAAGGGCCGCGGAACGACUGGAGUCGGCCCGAGAUCCAGGCCGUCUACGACUCCCCGCUCCUCGACCUCCUCUUCCACGGGGCUCAGGUCCACAGACAUGUUCACAGAUUCAGAGAAGUGCAGCAAUGCACACUUCUUUCAAUAAAGACUGGUGGGUGCAGUGAAGAUUGUUCUUACUGCCCUCAGUCAUCAAGAUACGAUACUGGAUUGAAGGCACAAAAAUUGAUGAACAAAGAUGCUGUCUUAGAAGCAGCGAAAAAGGCAAAAGAGGCCGGGAGCACCCGUUUUUGCAUGGGAGCUGCAUGGAGAGAAACCAUCGGCAGGAAAACAAAUUUCAACCAGAUUCUUGAAUAUGUCAAGGAAAUAAGGGGUAUGGGCAUGGAGGUCUGUUGCACGCUAGGUAUGAUAGAGAAACAGCAAGCUGAAGAACUCAAGAAGGCUGGACUCACAGCAUAUAAUCAUAACCUAGACACAUCAAGAGAGUACUAUCCCAACAUUAUUACCACAAGAUCAUAUGAUGAUAGACUGCAGACUCUUCAGCACGUCCGUGAAGCUGGAAUAAGCAUCUGCUCAGGUGGAAUAAUUGGUCUUGGAGAAGCAGAGGAGGACCGUGUAGGGUUGUUGCAUACACUGGCCACCUUGCCUGCACACCCAGAGAGCGUUCCUAUUAAUGCAUUGGUUGCUGUAAAAGGCACGCCUCUUGGGGAUCAGAAGCCUGUGGAAAUCUGGGAAAUGAUCCGCAUGAUCGCCACUGCUCGGAUUGUGAUGCCAAAGGCAAUGGUGAGGCUUUCAGCAGGCCGUGUACGGUUCUCCAUGCCAGAACAAGCGCUCUGCUUCCUUGCUGGGGCCAACUCAAUCUUUGCCGGUGAGAAGCUUCUCACAACAGCGAACAACGACUUUGAUGCGGACCAGGCUAUGUUCAAGAUCCUUGGUCUAAUUCCCAAGGCCCCAAGCUUUGGCGACGAAGAGGCACCAGCUCCUGCUGACACCGAGAGGUCUGAGCAAGCCGCUUCAAUGUAGACCAUCGUUGCCGAUUCUCUGUAUCCAAGUUAGUGCGAAACUAGCAGUAGUGUUAGCUAGCUAGAGCACUGUAUUGUAGAAACCACUACACUGUAUUGUAGAAACCACUACAUUGUUUAGUCGCUUGAGAGUGAUUAGACAUAAUUAGGGAAUGCCAAUAUAUGAUGUAUUUCAGCCAGCUUCCAUCUC